AUGGUUCAUGUCAUCAACCCGACUAGUCUUGCAGUAGAUGUUCCUCAGGGCCGCAAGCUCUUCGUUUUCGAUCGCGUGUUCUCCGAGGCGGUUGAUCAGGACGGGAUCUGGGAAUAUCUAAGCGACAGUGUGACUUCUUUCUUGCAGGGUUACAAUGUCUCCAUCCUGGCAUACGGACAGUCGGGCGCGGGAAAGUCUUACACCAUGGGAACCUCGGGACCUACUGAACAACACGACCCGAAAUCCAUGGGAAUCAUUCCUCGUGCCGCGCAACUUCUUUUCGAGAAACUAGACGGCCCGCCCAAGCAUAAUCGUCACAGUUCAUCCGGUCUUCGCACUCCAGCUCGUUACUCGGUCGGAUCCACUUCUAGUUUUGGGAAAGCGAGCGUCGAGAAGAAUUGGCAGCUUAAGGCCUCUUAUGUUGAGAUCUAUAAUGAACAAUUGAGAGAUUUGCUCCUUCCUGACAAUACGCCCUUCAGUGAUCGCAGCGCGGUCACUAUCCGUGAGGAUACCAAAGGCCGGAUUAUCCUCACUGGUUUACACCAGGUGAAUAUCAAUUCGGUGGAAGAUUUGAUGGGCGCCUUGAGCUUCGGAUCCUCGAUUCGACAGACUGACUCGACUGCCAUCAAUGCAAAAUCCUCGCGUUCGCACGCCGUAUUCAGCUUGAAUCUGGUCCAGCGGAAAUCUUCGAACGGAAUCGUGUCACCUAAAGACAAACGAAUGUCCAUGCCGGUAGAUAUGACACCUGGAUCGGAUCACACCAUCACAGUUGAUAGCAAGCUUCACUUUGUUGAUCUGGCAGGAAGUGAGAGGUUGAAGAACACCGGAGCAUCGGGUGAACGGGCUAGGGAAGGUAUCUCGAUCAAUGCCGGGCUUGCUGCACUCGGCAAAGUUAUCUCUCAGCUUUCGUCUCGCCAAGCGGGCUCACACGUUUCUUACCGCGAUUCAAAACUUACCCGGCUGCUCCAGGACUCGCUCGGUGGAAAUGCUUAUACAUACAUGAUUGCCUGCGUGACUCCCCCAGAAUUCCACCUGAGUGAAACGCUCAACACCGUUCAGUACGCGCAGCGAGCUAGAGCAAUUCAGAGCAAACCGCGCAUCCAACAGGUCAACGAUGAUUCUGACAAGCAUGCGGUUAUUGAGCGACUGAAGGCGGAGGUGGCAUUUUUGCGUCAACAGUUACGUAAUGCAGAAGAGGCGGACCGGCGAAGCGUCGCCCCAGCUGAACGAACGGAGCGCCAGAAUGAGAGGGAAAUUGAACUUCAAAAUCAUCUGCUGGAUGUUCAAGAGAGCUACAAUGCGCUCAGCCAACGUCAUGCCAAGCUUAUCUCAGAGCUGGCCCGGGAUUCUGAAAGGGGCGCUGAAACAGAUCCAAACGACAUUGCUGGUGUUGUCGGCAAAAGCUCAGUGGAGAGACUCAAGAGAUCUCAAUCAUUUGCAGAGUCUAUUGAGCAGGUUGUUCUCGAAUACGAGAAAACUAUACAAAGCCUUGAAACCUCUUUGUCGAACACCCGGUCUUCUCUCUCCACGACGGAAAGCACUCUCCUUGAACGCGAGACUAAAUGUGCAUAUGUCGAGACUGUUAACUCACAGUUACAGUCCCGCAUUCAGAAACUUUUAGAUCGUGAGGGUAGCACGGAAGCGUAUCUGCACGAACUGGAAUCAAAGCUCGAUGGACAAUCGUCUGGCGAAGAGAAGCAGGAGGCCAUGGUGUCAGAGUUGCGCAAAGAACUCAGCCGUGCUCGUGAAAGUGAAGCCAACUGUGAGGAAUACAUUUCCACUCUGGAAGAGCGCUUGGCUGAGGCGGAUCAAGACAUGGAGCUGAUGCAGAGAGAGCUGGAGCGACUCGAGCACGUCGUCGAGCGCCAGAGAAGCUUAGGGAAGCUAGAUAACCUUCUUUAUGAGCUCGAUCAUGUUCAACAAAACGGCACUCAGAAGGAGGACGAGCUCAGUGACGAGUUUGAGCACGUUUCCAGUGUUCCUACCAAGGGCGCCUACAACCCUCGCUUGCGCGCAACUUCGCUUGAUGUAUUGACUGAAGCUGCCGAGACCGCUAUUCCGGAAUCCGAUGAAGGACUGAGCGAAUCAGUGCCUACACUUGCGGACGAGACUCAAGUCGAUGCGCAGUCGGUCGCUGAAGAAGACGAGCGCGACUUGAAGACCUUAGAAAAUGCAACAAACCACCUUCAACCUGAAGCUGCGGAUACGCAAAGCCGGUCUCCCAGCCCUACUCAGUCGAAGGUUGUUGCCGACAAACUUGAAACGGUAACACAAGAGCUUUUCGACUUGCGCUUGCAGCACGAGACCACUCUUAAUGACUAUGAAUUACUCGAGUCUAAGUACGAGGCUGCCAUGAAGGCCCUUGCUGAGCUUCAACAGGAUGCUGCAGAUGAAGCACGCCAUCCCGGAUCGGACCUACGGAACCUUCUAUCACCCACUGCGUCUUCACGUCCGGUAUCUUUUUUAGACGAUGCGAAGAUCCCCGAGUCGAAAGUUGGAACACAACGUUCCUUCUCGCAAUCACUCUCAUCGGAGUUAUCCUUGGCCGGGGAGCCUGCUGCUUCGCACGAACCAUCUAAUACAAACGAGCAAUUGACUGAGCAGGAGGUCCCAAACAGCGCUCGUAUCUCUGAGGUCGAUGAAGCCAGAGCUCAGGAGGUUGAGCAGAUGCGUCGUCUGCUCUCUGAGCACCAAGAAGGUGUUAGCAUCAUGACGCAGAAGUAUGCACAGCUGCAGGCUGAACAUGAACAAACACUCAGCCUCAUUGACACUCUCAAGGCCGAACUGCAGAAACCCAAGUCGUCAUCGCCGCCAACAACACCGGGCUUCAAGUCCCCUGUGAUCCGACGUAAGACAAGCCAGAGCCUGAUUGGCAGUGUUGAUCGUGCACAGAGAUCUCUGGCCGCGCUACGUAACAUUGCCUCUGAGGAAUUCGAGUCUCGUCCUGAUACCAUGCAAAACUUUGAGGUCCACCUCGAUUCUGCUAUGCACGAACUGUAUAAUCGCAUGGAGCGUAUCCAGGCGCUCGAAGCUGAAAAUCAGAGUGUCAAGAAGGAGAUGGAAAUGAAGUCCACGAUCAUCAGCGGACUCACUCGAGAGAGAUCUAGCUUACAGGGCGGUGCAUCUCAGGUGGACAUGGGUCUCGUGUCUCAGCUGCGUGAUCAGGUUGUUCAACAAGAGAAUAUUAUCACUGAAAUGAGAGAAGCGCACGAGGCUAGGGAGAAGUUGCUGCUGUCUGAAAUUGAAGAGCUCAAGGGUCUCCUCAAAACUCAAGAAGAAGCCGCUAAGGCUUACGAUGCCGGUGCCGAGGAACAAGAUCGGAAGAUCAAUUCCUUGAACGGCGAACUCUUCGAGUGGAAGAACAAACAUCAAAAUGCUGUUCAAUCUCUGCAGUCAUCGGAAGAGCAGCUUAGUGCAACUUUAGCAGAGCUUGAUACUGCUCUGGCUUCUUUGGACGCAAUGCGUACCGAACAAGCUGCUGCAGGUGAAGCAUCCGCUUCCAAAGAGGCUGCUGCAAGAGAGCUGGAAAGCGAAAGAGCGCAACAAGAAGAAACUGUCAGUAAGCUAAAACGCGUUAUCGAGGAACACCAAUCUACAGCUACCAUCAACCUUGAGAAGAUCGCGUCGCUAGAGAAAUCAUAUGGUGAAGCCCAGCAGCAGUUGACAGACCUCCAGACCGCUAAAGAUAACGAUGGCAAUGAGGCAGAGAUGCAUCAGUCCCGCAUGGCUGAAUUGGAGAAAGAAAUUGAGACCCACAGAUCACUCUCUGAGACUUACAAGAAGGAUCUUGAGUCUCUGCACGAGACUCACAGACGAGAGAAAGAGGAGUUGGAGUCUCGCGCAAGAGCCGCCAUGCAGGCUGAGUAUGAGACACGUUUCACGGAUAUGAACGCCGACCAUGAGCAAGCCAUGGAAAAACUGAGAUCUGAGAUCAUGGCAUCACGCGACGAAUUGACGACCUUGAUGCAAUCGGUUUCGCGAUUGUUGAACUCCGAUGUUACGGCUGACAACCUCGCGGACCAGAUUCAGGAUGUUUUGAUGCAAAAGCAGCACUUCUCUGACAAAUACGCGGAGCUUAUGGAUUCGAAUAAUGAUUUGCGCAAGCAAUUAGACGACAAGAGCAGCGAAGCUGGCCGUCUCGACGAGCUUACUCGAACUAACGCGGCUAAAGACGCCAAGGUAAAUGAGCUUGCUCUGCUGGUGGCCACUUUGGAGGAUACUCUUCUGCAGAAGGAAGAACAGGUGAAGAAAAAGGAGGCGCUUCUUGCAGAAGUUCAAGAAGAAAAGGAGCGGAGUGUCCGUCUUGUUGAGGAGCUCGAGGAGCAGAUCACAAACAGCUUCGAUCAACACAACAACCGCCUUUCCGUGAUCCAACAAGAGCGCGACCAAGCUCUGGAGGAUGCCAAGGUCAAGAUUGCUACUUACGAGACGGAGAUUGAAACUUACCGUUUGCGGAUUGAGCAACUUGAGCUGCAACUCAAGAAUCACGAUAGCUCUCACGAUCGCAGCAGCUCGAUCACAUCUAACCUUCGCAAGAGCUCCUCGGCAGCCUCCCUUCCUUCUCCACCUCCAGCAAUUCCUCUGCCACCACUUCCCAACAUCGCAGCCGCAACCAACGGAACUGGCAGUAUCUCUCCGCCAAGCUCGCGGCAUACCAGCAAAGAGUUGGUCAGCACGCAAAUUGUUGAAGACCAAGAGGCGCGCAUUCGUACCAUUGAGAAACACUUGAACGCCGAAAAACAACUUACGGCCACGUUGGAAGAAGCUCUUGGCGAUCUAGAAGCCCAGAGUAACAAGGUCAAGACCGAUUGCGACAAUUGGAAGAAGAAGGCCUGGCAACUGGAGGAGGAGCUCACGACUUUGCGUAAGGAGCGCACCUCACAGCGUCUUUCUCUUCAAGCUGUUGAGGAGGAGAGAAACGCUCGGCGGGAGGCGGAAGCCGCCAGAGCGCAGCUUGAAGAGCGCAUGAAUGCGCUCAACAAGAAGAAAAAGAAGAGCACGCUCAAUUGCUUCUGA